UCAAAAACUAAUUUACAUUUACAUAAAAACAUCGACAUAAAUACAAACCAUUUUGAACCGAUUCGAUAUACCCUAUCUGAUUUGAGAGAGAAAAGAAAGAGGCGGACAUUUCGAAGAAUUUUUGGGAAUUCAUUCAGUCAGUAUAACUUCACCUUCUCUUCCAACUGCUUUGACUUUUACUGACCUUUGCAACUUCUCUCUCUACCCAGUUUACUGGAGAUCUCCCUCUCUUUCUUGUUUUUCUUUGAUUUAUUUCCAUGGAGACUGUUGCUUUCCGUUUUUCUGCUGGCAGCAUUUCACGUGCGUGUUCUUUAAUUGAGAAGCCAGGUCUGGCUCCCCGUCCUACUGUAAUUCGGUCCAAUUUCCAGGCCCUCACUCUUGGAAAGCUUACUUCUUCCUCAAAGCCUGCAAGAUUGGUAGUGUCAUGUGCAAAGACAUCUGAAACAACUGUGUCUUCCAAGUCUGAUGUUCCACUCGAUGAAAAAUCAAAAGGUUUGAUUGAGAAGAAUGCUUUCCGCACCACUUUCCCUAGCGCAUUUGAGGCAUUGCUCUUGGAGGUUUGUGAUGAAACAAGUGUUGCAGAAGUACAACUAAAGGUCGGAGAUUUUGAAAUGCAUCUAAAGAGAAAUGUCGGAGCUGUAGUUACUCCAAUUCCAAUUGCACCACCUGUUCCAAGUGAACCCAUGGAUCAACUAGCUCCUGUUGCACCGUCAACGUCUGCUCCAAAGCCCUCUUCUGAAAAGGCGAGUCCUUUUGUUAGUACCUCCUCAGCGGCAUCUUCAAAAUUGGCUGCUCUUGAAGCCUCGGGAGCCAAUGGAUUUAAAUUAGUGACAUCACCAACAGUGGGCUCAUUUAGGAGAGGAAGAACAGUAAAGGGGAAAAAACAACCUCCUAAUUGUAAGCAGGGUGAUUUAAUCAAGGAGGGACAAGUGAUUGGCUACAUUGAUCAAUUUGGAACCGAGCUUCCUGUCAAGUCGGAUGUAGCUGGUGAAGUCUUGAAGCUGCUUUUCGAAGAAGGCGAAGCUAUUGGGUACGGUGACCCCCUCAUUGCGGUUUUGCCAUCAUUUCACGGCCUCAGUUGAAUAAUGUCUCUUUGUUCUGUCGAUUCUGCAGUUCGUCUUACCAUUCCCGACACCCUUAUAUAUCAUUUCGAAGUUUCCCACCACCCAUAUACUGGGUUUCGGUUACUUUCCAAUCUGCAGCUAAAACAUGUAGAUGUAGAUAUUUGUUUGCAUUUAACAGCAAACAAUAAGAAUCCAUUUAAUUACAGAACAUGUUUUUUUUUUCAGCCUGAAAUUAGACAAAAUAUAGGAAUUUAUGUUGUUUUGUAUUUUGGUGUUGAAUGAUUUCUUUUAUGCAUCGGAUUAAGAAAAUAUUAGGUUUAUGUUUUCUAGUUUAAUGAGUUCUA